UUUUUUUGAUCAUUUAAGUGACAAAGUAAUAGUUUUUAUACUUUUUGUACAUUUUGUAUUAGGAUGAACCACUAAGACAUUUGCCACAAACCAAUGACGUGACCUGCUACCUCCUAACAAUCAAACAUCUCUUGGCGCAACUUCUCUUACUCAAGUCAGAAAUAUUCCAUCUUUACUUGUGCUAUUAUUCCAUUUCCUGCUCCAAUCCUUCCAGCUGGUGUGGGGCUUCAGAUGGGCCUCACGGUUAUGAUACAAAAAUCCAAAUAUUUUGUGUUGAAUUGUUUGGUUGAAUUGACAUCAAUUCUGAUCUGAAAACAGUAAGGAAAUGUGAAUCCAAGGAAGGAUGGCAAAGUCAACAAGUUGCGAAUGUGACGACGACUGUUCUAACAUUCAAACAAAAGCACAGAGCCACGUGUCACUGAGGCGAAGAGGAUGAACACUGUGGGACAUUCUCUUUUGUUCUUAUCACAUAUCUCUAUCUAAGAACUGACUAGCGUACUUUAAAUAUGUGGUCAUUAAGUGGCAUGAUGACGUCUGGGAUUUAAAAGGAUGCGUGACGGUCAGAUAGUCCUGAUGUCUGACUGUCAAAGGUAUAGAUGCGUCAGACUGGACGGACCAGUCAGUGACAUGCAUCCUGUCUGCUGUCCUGUCUCUAUAAGAUGCCACACUGCCCUGCACAUUCAUCAGUCAUCCAGGUUUCUGAUUUGACCAAACUCUGCUCCCUGUUCCUGGAAAAACAGUAAGGAUCCAAGAAAAAGACAUCUCUUUAACACUUCCUGACUGUGCACAUUUGAAGUAAUCCAGUGGGUUUGAAGGAAGAUGUGGAAAAAAUUAUGCAACCCACAAAAGACUUUAUUACAGUUUUCUUUGAAAUCUUAAGUCAUGUCUGAUAAGAUGGUCGUGACCCAACCCCGGCCCUUCAUCACAACCACUGUAACCAACCAAUGGACCUCUGGCAUCUGUGACUGCCUCCAGGACCUGCCCCAAUGUUGCUUGGCCUUUUGGUGCCUUCCCUGCUUCACCUGUAAGACAGCACACGAGGCCGGGGAGUGUCUAUGUCUACCUCUUCUGGAUGCUUUUGGACUCAUCCCACCCAUGACCACAGCCCUUAGGGUGUCAGUACGCCAGAGAUAUGGGAUUGAGGGUACGAUCUGCAACGACUGCGUGUACGCCUGCUUCUGCGGGCCCUGCACCUGGUGUCAGAUAGCAAGAGAAAUCAAAACAAGGGCAAAUCCCAUCACCUUCGUCAGCACGGUGGCCUGAUGAGAGCAGAGUUUUUAUCCCGGGGUCAUCAUUAGCGAAACAGACGUCAAACAGACGCCUCUCUUCUUUUCAUCAUGGGCUCUGUCAUGGUAUUUGGAACCACAGAGGGUUCCGUGGAAUGUUGCUGAGCAGCUGAUUAAAGAUCAGCACAUGAGGGUCGAGGGAGAGAGAUAAGUGGGCCUCUGUGACGUCCACUAACAGUUAUUAAUGAGGAGGAGUCUGUGACACUGAGGGGUAUACUAGUGUACUGAUGAUGAUUCUGGUUAAACUGCCUUAUUAUUAUCUUAAAAUCUGAAUUAGGUAUAUAUUUUUAUUCUUAUACUUCCAUCACCACCAGAUAAUUGUUGUACAUGUUCCAUUU